AUGGAUGACAAGAUGUUCAACACCUCCUCCUUGCAGCCAGAGGCCACCCCUAACACUUCCUUCUCUGUGUCUGACGACCGCGACGACACUCUUGCUCAAGGGGAAAUCGCCAUUCUGGCCUCGAUCUUCCUGCUGGCCACGCUGAGCAACGGGCUGGUGCUGGGCGCCCUCCUCCGCCACAGCCACCGGGCUUUGCCCAUGCACCGCUUCAUCCACCACCUCUGCCUGGCAGACCUGACCGUGGCUCUUUUCCAGGUGCUGCCGCAGCUUAUAUGGGACAUCACCGAUCGCUUCCAGGGCCCGGAUGUUUUGUGCCGUGCCGUCACUUAUUUGCAGGUGGUGGGCAUGUUUGCCUCCUCCUACGUCAUUGUGGCCAUGACUUACGAUCGCUACCGCGCCAUAUGCCGGCCCAUGCUGGCUUUCCGGAAGGGCCCUGCCUGCUGGUACCGGCCAGUGGUGGUGGCCUGGACCGCUUCUUUCCUCCUCAGCCUCCCCCAGCUCUUCAUCUUCUCCAAACGUAGACUGCCUAGCGGUGCCCAUGAAUGCUGGGCUCAGUUCAUUCAGCCGUGGGGACCCCAGGCCUAUGUCACUUGGGUGACUCUGAUGGUCUUUGUCCUCCCUACCUGUUUCAUUGCUGCCUGCCAGGGCAUGAUCUUCCAUGAAGUCCAUCGCAGUCUGCGCCUGGGGCCAGAGGGAGCCCUCGGGGGACGGGGCAGCCGCCAAGGGGCCUCCCUCAUUUCUGGUGCUGUCACCAAGACUCUGAGGAUGACACUCGUCAUUGUGCUGACCUACGUGAUAUGCUGGGCCCCCUUUUUCCUCGUCCAGCUGUGGUCUGUUUGGGAUCCUCGGGCUCCUGUUAAAAGCACCGCCUUUACCCUCUUGAUGCUCCUGGCCAGCCUCAACAGCUGCACCAACCCCUGGGUCUAUGCUGCUUUUAGCAGCAGCAUCUCAGGCGAGCUUUGCCGCAUCUUCUGCCCCAGGCUGGCCCGUCAGCGGUUCGGCUCCCUGUACGAGGACUCCAUCAUGACGGCCAGCUGCUCUGUGGGCCGGGACACCCUCUCCUGAGUCCCAGAGGCCCCCCAUGCUGCUCCUCGGAGGUGGUUCUGCUCGACGAAAUAAGAUAAAAUCGGGCAUAAAGAUGGGGUGUAAAAGAAACC